UCCUCUACUCCUCCCAUUCAUCCUCCAAACCCUAGCCUCCUCGGAUCUCUCCCAUUUAGGAUAUUUUCUCAAAACCCUCGUCGUCCUGCUUUCUAUUUUUCUCCUGAUUUGUUUCUCUUGCAGACUCUAUCUAGCUCCACUUUCCAGUUUUCGUCUGCCAAGUAUGGGGGAAGCCAAGGAUAACGAUGUUUACGAGGAGGAGCUCCUGGACUACGAAGAGGAGGAAGAGAAAGCUCCGGAUUCGGUCGCUGCCAAGGUUUCCGGUGAAGCAGUGAAAAAGGGUUACGUUGGGAUUCACAGUUCCGGAUUCAGAGACUUUCUGUUGAAGCCAGAACUCCUUCGUGCUAUCGUUGAUUGUGGUUUUGAGCAUCCUUCCGAAGUACAACAUGAAUGUAUUCCACAAGCUAUUCUGGGAAUGGAUGUUAUUUGUCAAGCAAAGUCUGGAAUGGGUAAAACGGCGGUUUUUGUACUUUCUACUCUUCAGCAAAUUGAGCCAACAGCAGGCCAAGUUGCUGCACUUGUGAUGUGUCAUACAAGAGAAUUGGCCUUCCAGAUUUGCCAUGAGUUUGAGCGAUUCAGCACGUACUUACCAGACAUCAAGAUUGCUGUAUUCUAUGGGGGAGUUCACAUCAUGAAGCACAAGGACAUUUUAAAGAAUGAUUGCCCACAUAUAGUAGUUGGCACACCAGGAAGAGUGUUUGCAUUGGCAAGAGAUAAAGAUCUUAAUUUGAAGAAUGUGAGGCAUUUUAUUCUUGAUGAAUGCGAUAAGAUGCUGGAGUCACUUGACAUGCGGAGAGAUGUACAGGAAAUUUUCAAACUGACACCGCACGACAAACAAGUCAUGAUGUUUUCAGCUACUCUCAGCAAGGAGAUACGCCCUGUCUGCAAGAAAUUCAUGCAAGAUCCUAUGGAAAUAUAUGUUGACGAUGAGGCCAAGCUAACACUUCAUGGUCUAGUACAGCAUUACAUCAAAUUGACUGAGUUGGAAAAGAAUCGGAAGCUGAAUGAUCUUUUGGAUGCACUGGACUUCAAUCAAGUAGUGAUUUUUGUGAAAAGUGUGAGCCGUGCAGCUGAGCUGAACAAGUUACUUGUAGAAUGCAAUUUUCCAUCGAUCUGUAUACACUCUGGCAUGUCACAGGAAGAAAGGUUGACAAAGUACAAGAACUUUAAGGAAGGGCUCAAAAGAAUUCUUGUUGCUACAGAUCUGGUUGGGAGAGGAAUUGAUAUUGAACGGGUUAACAUCGUGAUUAAUUAUGAUAUGCCAGAUUCUGCUGACACAUACUUGCACAGGGUUGGAAGAGCUGGUCGAUUUGGAACUAAAGGACUUGCUAUUACAUUUGUUUCAUCGGCAGCUGAUUCUGAUGUCCUUAAUCAGGUGCAAGAGAGGUUUGAAGUAGACAUAAAAGAGCUGCCUGAGCAGAUAGACACUUCAACGUACAUGCCUUCGUGAUAAGCUUUCGCAGGAAAGGCUCUCCAUCGAUUUGUAGGAAGGGUCCAUGGGCUUUGCUGUGUUGGAUUCCUACUCGUGUCUGGCAGAGUUGUAGAACUUGUACUGUUAAAGAUUAGACCAUAUUUUAGCCACUCACACCCUUGUGUUGGACCAGUGUGGUUGAUGUUCUAGAGUUUAUAAUUCUCUCGUCUAAUCCGUAAUUAUUUACCUUGUCAUGUCAGUUCUAUCUUUUUAAUGUAUUCUAAGUGUUCUAAUUUCGAAUAUUAUUUAUUCCAUGGAGGGAGAUCGACGUA